AUGGAGUUCAAGGCAGAAGCAAGGUUAAUCAUAGAGUGCUAUAAGGGUAUUCUAGAGCGUUUAGACGCUGGAGAAAUUGUGAUUGGAGAUGGAGGAUUUGUCUUUGCUCUUGAAAAAAGGGGAUAUGUAAAAGCUGGGCCUUGGACUCCUGAAGCAACGGUAGAACACCCAGAAGCAGUUCGUCAGCUUCACCGGGAAUUCCUUAGAGCUGGAUCCAAUGUUCUGCAGACAUUCACCUUCUAUGCCAGUGAAGACAAACUAGAGAACAGGGGCAAUUAUGUAGCUGAGAAAAUAAGUUGCCAGAAAGUGAAUGAAGCUGCUUGUGACAUUGCAAGAGAAGUGGCUAAUGAAGGUGACGCUUUAGUGGCUGGAGGAGUCAGUCAAACACCAUCAUACUUAAGCUGCAAGGAUAAAACAGAGGUUAAAGCAGCCUUUCGAAAGCAACUAGAUGUCUUUAUGAAGAAGAAUGUGGACUUCCUAAUUGCAGAGUAUUUUGAACAUGUUGAAGAGGCUGUCUGGGCAGUUGAAGUUCUAAAAGAAUCUGGAAAGCCAGUUGCAGCUACAAUGUGCAUUGGUCCAGAAGGAGACAUGCAUGGUGUGCCCCCUGGACAAUGUGCUGUCCAACUGGUAAAGGCUGGUGCUUCUAUUGUUGGAGUCAACUGCCAUUUUGAUCCAGAUACAUCCCUGGAAACUGUGAGACUGAUGAAAGAAGGCUUACAGGCUGCUAAACUGAAAGCCCACCUGAUGUCCCAACCACUUGCCUUCCAUACACCUGAUUGUGGAAAGCAGGGUUUUAUUGAUCUUCCAGAGUUUCCCUUUGGUCUGGAGCCAAGAAUUGUGACCAGAUGGGAUAUUCAAAAAUAUGCAAGAAAGGCCUAUGACUUAGGAAUUCGUUUCAUUGGAGGUUGCUGUGGAUUUGAGCCAUAUCAUAUCCGAGCAAUAGCUGAGGAACUGGGUCCUGAAAGAGGAUUUUUGCCAGAAGCUGCUGAGAAACAUGGUAGCUGGGGCGAUGGCCUCAGCAUGCAUACCAAACCCUGGGUCAGAGCAAGGGCAAGAAAAGAAUACUGGGAGAAUCUGAAGCCUGCUUCAGGCAGGCCAUAUUGUCCUUCAAUGUCAAAGCCAGAUGGCUGGGGAGUGACCAAAGGAGCCAAGGAGCUGAUGCAACAAAAAGAAGCAACAAGUGAACAACAGCUGAAGGAGCUCUUCCAGAAACAGAAGUUCUAAUCCAUGGCAGUUGUGUAAAUGUUAGAAUGGUUUAUCUACAGACCACCUCAUGCUUCACAAGAAAAUCUGCGAAGAUGAAUACCCUGUUGAUUUAUAAAUUAACAUGUAAUGAAAGAGACAAAAUGCAUAAAGAAUGUGAUUAGAGAUGAAAUAUGUCAAACUUUGAUAAUAAAAUCUUUCUCUGGGCAAA